AUGAUUCCAAUCUUACUACUGAUGCUGUUUUAUCGCGGAAAUUCGAAUCAAACGCACGUCUCAGCCAUCAAAGGAGCAGCUCUUCGCUUUCCUAUAGAGUCUAGGCCCGAAAUCGAAUUACGACAUCUCCUUGUCCGUGCCUUUGCCUCCCCAAAUCUCAUUUCAACUUGCGUGUAAAAGCCUCUUGAGAGGAUUCUCAAUAUUGACCUAACAAAAAUCGAACCAGAAACAAGCCAUCAAAUUUUUAUUCUCAUUGUCUUUCAUUUCUCUGAUAAUUUGAUUUUUUUUUUAAUAUUUCAAAAGAAAAAAGAUUCUCGAUCUACGAAUAAAAGGGAAAUUUAUUACCAAAAAAGGCAAUCCCAAAAUUGCUGCUUCCUUUUUUUAAGAUGAUUCAAAGAUUGCUUUAACGGGACUUUCUCGUUGUCAAAGAGUAGGAAAAAAAAUUUUUUUUCAGUUUUUUGGAGAAUCUUUUUUUACAAAAAAUAAUUCAAAGAAAGUUAAAACGCUAAUAAAUCGACGCUAUUCCGGAAUUAAUUUCAUUUGGCUUAUGCAUUUAGAAUGGACAAACGUGUUCUUUGAAAAAAAAUUGUAUUGACUGUUUUAGGAUAAAAUCGUUUACCUGAAUAGACGGAAUCCCCUAGAGUCUCUAUGUUGUCUUUCGGACGUCAUAAGAGGUCGUCUAAUCUUGCCUGCCAAAAACAAGGGUUUCCUCGUGCACAUGGGCUCAUCUGAGCCGUUCCCGCUGACUCUGCACUUUUUUCCACAACUCAACCUUUUUUUUGUUUCAUCUCUCUUGGGACAAGUCUAUUUUGCGCUUGAUGAACCUCUCGUUUAUAAUUUCCAUUUCGAAAUAUAUACGUAUAUCCCUCUGAUAAUGUUUUUCAGUCGAAACUCGGUUCUAGAAAGUAGGAAAGAAAUUUAUUCAAAAAGUUGCAAAGUUUGGAAUUUUGGACUUAUAUUCUCGAACUGAUUGUAUGAAUGUUUCAUUGACUUCUCUCCUCUUUCAUUUUCAGUUUCGAAACUGAAUGCAGUUUGAAAUAGUUUCCCAGGGACGAAAAAAAAAACAACUGGAACAUACCAAUAUCUUUUUCUUAUUAGUUUAGAGGAACGAUUUGUUUGGAGGAAGUGCUUUGUACAGCCAGAGAGAAAAUAGGGAAAGUUUUAGUAAUUUUCGAACACCUGGAAAAUCCUUUCGUAGUUUCUCCUCUCGUCAAAAGCUCUGAGGAGUUUCUUAGAUUCAUCUUCUUGUUUUCCUACAACUUUGUACAGGAAAUGCGUGCGAAGAAGCUGACAAAGACGAGAGCUCGGCAAAUGAGGCGCCGUGGAAAAAAGUGGCUGGAUUAUUAGUCGGCCAUCCGAACAAGUGCGAGUUGGAUCCUAUCCAGAUAAGCCGCUCCUCCUCCAACGAGAACGCUUCUUUUGUUUUCACAAGUGGUUUGGAUCCCAUUAAUAAAAUAAAAGCGUGGCGUGACAUCAUCUGGAUUCUGGCCAACUUUCCUCGUCCUCAAAUCUUCCUACAAGGAAAAUUCUCGACGCAUAAUUGCACUUGUCCUUAG